AUGGCGGUCGCUGUAAACGAGGCUGCUGCGACGGACGACGUUGCCAAGAAGCUCGCAGAGACGCAGCUGCAAGCUGCCGCGGACACUGCAUCGAAUGACGCCGACGAGGCUGAUGACGGAUCUGAUGACGAGGAGGAAUCCGCUGCGCUGACCGAGGCCGACAAGAAGAAGAAAAAGAACAAGAAAAAGAAUGCGGCAAAGAAGAAAAAGGCCAAGAGCGGCAAGGCGGUGCUCGAGCAAACAGCGCCGCCCACAGUCGGCCUGACCAAAAUGUUCCCGACCGGCAUCUACCCUGUCGGCGAGAUUCAGGAGUACGACACGACCAAAUUCGACGAGUCGCGCCAGCGGACGACGGGCGAAGAACUGCGCGAGCGCGAGCGUCUUGUGCAGCAGAAGGAGGGCUUUGACUACAACCUGAUCCGCCGUGCCGCCGAGACACACCGCCAAGUCCGCCAAUAUGCGCAGCGCACUAUCAAGCCGGGCAUGUCGAUGACCGAGAUUGUGAACAUGGUCGAGGACGGCACGCGCAAUUUGGUCGAAGCGAACGGAUUCGAGUCGGGAAUUGGGUUCCCCACGGGCGUGAGUCUUAACGAGGUGGCAGCGCACUACACGCCGAAUGCGGGCGACAAGCGCAUCCUGCAGGCCACCGACGUGCUCAAAGUCGACUUUGGCGUGCACGUAAAGGGGCGUAUUGUCGACAGUGCCUUUACGCUCAACUUCGAGCCGACGUGGGAUCCGCUGCUUGCCGCCGUGAAGGAGGCAACCAAUGCGGGUGUCAAGACUGCAGGCAUCGACGUGCGCCUCGGCGACGUCGGUGCCGCAGUACAGGAGGUGAUGGAGAGCCACGAAUUUGAUGCAGAAGGCAAAACACACCAGGUAAAGUGCAUUCGUAACCUGAACGGCCAUAAUAUCGAGCCUUAUCGCAUUCACGGCGGCAAGAGCGUGCCGAUCGUCGCGAUGCCAAACUUGAACGUGAAGAUGGAGGAGGGCGAGCACUUUGCCAUCGAGACGUUUGGCUCCACGGGCCGGGGCCUGGUCGUGGACUCGGGAGACUGCUCGCACUAUGCACGGAAAUCGAACCCACCGCAGGUGCCGCUGCGCGUCAGCAGCGCGCGCCAGCUGCUGUACACGAUCAACAAAAACUUUGGCUCGCUGCCCUUCUGUCGGCGCUACUUGGACCGGCUGGGCGAGCAGAACUAUUUGCUGGGGCUCAAGCAUCUCGUGUCGCAAGGAGUUGUUCAGGACUAUCCUCCGCUCGCGGAUGUGCCUGGAUCGAUGACUGCGCAAUACGAACACACGAUCCUGCUCCGUCCUACGUGCAAGGAAGUCGUCUCGCGUGGCGAUGAUUACUAG